CACAGCGCACUGACCUCUGCGCUACAUGUAAGACGGGCAUGCAACUGGGCGUGUGUGUGGAUGUCGCUCUUAUUAGGACCAGGCGGAGGGACAUGGAUACCUGCGGAUCCAUGCACCCUGGUUGGUCCUCAUCAGGGAGGCCGAAUUCCUCAAAAUCAAGAUGCCUACUAAGAAGGUGUUUGAGAUGAAGCAAUCGUCGGGAGUGCUGCACGGGCUCGGUGCAAGAAUCAACCAUGCGCUGCAGCCCAACGUGCCUCAUUCGCAGGAGGCUCUGUCCCAGAAGAAGCUCUCGUUCCCUUUCUCCAGAGACAAGCAGAAGCUAUUUGAUAUCAAAAGUGAAGAUUCAUUCUUUGACAGUGCCACGCGAAGCCGCAUUGUCUUUGAAAUUCUGAAAAGGGUCAAAUGCACCAAAGGGCCUUACAAAAUGGGCAUCACGAGUCUUAUCGCCAACGGAGUGUAUACAUCUGCAUUCCCGCUGCAUGACGGAGAGCUCCAUGGCAGUGAAGUGAACGACAGAAAGCUGCUACACGAUGAAUGGGCCAGCUAUAACAAGUUCUACAAGUACCAGCCACUUGAACUCAUCAAGAAAUAUUUUGGAGAGAAGAUUGGCCUCUACUUUGCCUGGCUCGGAGUGUACACGCAAAUGCUUAUCCCUCCUUCCGUGGUGGGAAUCGCGGUGUUCUUGUAUGGCUGGCUUGCUGCUGAAAAAGACAUUCCAGGAUUCGAGACCUGUGUGAUUGGCCAGAACAUCACAAUGUGUCCCACGUGUGACAAACUGUGCAAAUACAAGCGCCUCAGUGAGAACUGCGAUCGAGUGAGAAGUAGCCACCUGUUUGACAACAUCACCACCGUCUUGUUCUCCAUCUUCAUGGCCCUCUGGGCAACCACUUUUUUGGAGCACUGGAAACGAAUAGAGACCCGCCUCAAUUACACAUGGGAUCUCAAUGGCAUGGAGGAGAGUGAGCAACAACUUCGGCCGGAGUAUGAAGCCAAGCUGCUGGAAAAGAAAAGGAAAGUUGACAUCAAGCUUGCAAAAACACAGAAGCUGCAGGAACCGUCAAAAGACUUGCACAAUAACCGCUGGAAGAACAAGGCUGAGACCAUCAUGACGGGCAGCAGGAUGACAGAGGAGUACGGGCUCAGUUGGAGAGACCAGCUCCCGAGUUUCCUCAUCAACUGUUCCUGCAUUUUAUUCAUGGUUUUACUUUCAUUUGCAAUCGUGGUUGGAAUGAUAUUUUACCGCAUUACCAUGAACGUGCUUCUGGCCAACAGUACUGACCCCUACUUAAAAUCCAACCGUUCAGCUAUCAUCAUGGCUACAGCUUUCCUCAUCAAUCUCGUCAUUAUCCUAAUUCUGGAUGAGAUUUAUGGCUCCAUUGCACGCUGGCUCACUGUCAUCGAGGUUCCAAAAACGGAAGAAGAAUUUGAAACCCGGCUAAUUUUCAAGUCCUUCAUGUUGAAGUUUGUAAACUCCUAUACCAGCAUCAUAUACGUGGCCUUCCUCAAGGGCAGAAUAACCGGUUAUCCCAAGAAAUACUACUACAUUUUACCUAAUUAUCGCAUGGAAGAGUGUGCCCCAGGUGGAUGUCUUCAGGAGCUUGCCCUGCAGCUCUGUAUCAUCAUGCUGGGAAAACAGCUCCUCCAAAACAACCUGUUUGAGGUUGGCAUCCCAAAAAUUAAGAAGCUCUGCCGCUAUCUGCACAAGAAGGAUCACCACAAAAAGGCGAGCCACCUAAAGGAAGAGGAUGGGAUGGAAUUAGGAUGCAAGGACUAUGAGCUGGAGCCAUUCACUGGGCUCAAUCCAGAAUACAUGGAAAUGGUGAUCCAGUUUGGCUUCGUCACACUGUUUGUGGCCUCCUUUCCACUGGCACCCUUCUUUGCGUUGUUGAACAACGUAAUUGAGAUUCGUCUGGACGGGAAAAAGUUUGUGACAGAACUGCGGCGACCCACAGCCGUGAGAGCCAAGGACAUUGGUACAUGGUACGUCAUCUUGAAUGGAGUAGCCAAGCUGGCAGUGAUCAUUAAUGCCCUAGUCAUUGCCCUGACUUCAGAUUUUGUGCCACGGCUGAUCUACAUGUACUUCUACAGUCCUGAUGGAUCGCUGAGAGGCUACGUCAACUACACAUUGUCUUACUUCAAUGUGUCAGACUACGCACCAGGCAUUAUAAUCGAGAGCAACUACACACUGUGCAGGUUCAGGGACUAUCUAGAGCCACCCUGGUCUGAUCACCCCUACCAGUACACCAAGACAUAUUGGAUAAUUCUGGCUGGUCGGUUGGCGUUUGUUAUUAUUUUUCAGAAUCUUGUAAUGUUCCUGAGUAACAUGCUGGACUGGAUAAUUGAGGACAUCCCGUCAGACAUCGAGGACUGCAUGAAGAAAGAGAAGCUGUACUUGGUCAAUGUCUUUCUGAAGGAAGAACAGGAUAAGAUGCAACUGCUCGAGUCUUUGAUAGGCAAGAACAAGGACAACUGCAAGAGCAGUAGCAGCACUCGAAGCAGCGUGAGACAACUGCAGGAGGUCCAGCAAAAGGAGCGCAGCAACUCCCACAAGUCUCUCCAUGGCUUUCAGCUGUCCAAAAGGAUCUCCAAAGAAUGAGCACAACACACAAACACACACACGUGGUAAAUUUUGAUUUAAAGCUUUCGUGAGUGCAGUAAUUCAUAUUCUUAGUUUUUUCGGUAAAGUCA